AUGAUUGCUCCCUUAUGGGAUGUAACUCUGAAUUCUUCGACGAAUAGCAAGGAUUUAAGCAAAUUUAAGAUAGUCUGGGAUAAGACUGGAAGUCGAGCUAUGGAAGAUACAAAUUACGAGAUAAUUAUUCCAAUUUCAGAAUGGCCAGUCACUGAAACUCCAAGUAAUAAAUCUGUAACGUUAGCAAAGGGAACAGAUAAUUCUAGCAGUGACGUCCAAUCACAGAAACUCGGGACAGAACAUACAACAAUUGAUGAUCAAAGUCAACUGUUCCUCAUGUCGCAAACUCUCACGCUUACACACCUGGAACAUCAGAAGCUGUAUAAACGAUUGCAAUCUGAUUCUAUAGAACCGCUGUUUAAGAAGGCAAAGACAGAAGAUAAAAAUUUAACGCCAAACCCGACACAGAUUAAAGCAAAUGACUAUACUCGUGAAGCUUUGAUUCUCAACACUGAUAAUGAUAAGGGAGAGACCAGCCAAGAAUGUGAACCCUUGGCAGCUUCAAGAGUAGCAAGAUGGUGGCGGAGUAAUCAACAUCGCCAUGCAGAGUCGUUGUUGGCGAAAAGCAGUCCACACACAAUGUUGUUUCACAUAUCAAGAACAACAGACUGUAAGAGAUAUCUGCAGGAAGAAAGAAAAGUACUACAGAGAAAGUCUAGGAAGCUUUGUUUCAGGAACAGAGCAGACAUUCAUGCAGCCAUUGCAAGCAUAGAUGAUUGGCUGGGGAAUUAUCAGCUGGCUCUAGAUGAAAUUUCAAAAGCUGUUGAGUUGGACCCAGCCAGUUCGACAAAUAGAUGGUUGCAAGCAAAGCUUCAGCAACAGUACAAGAUGAUUAGCCUUCAGAAAAAGAGAAUGGAGUAUAUUAACACAGUUCCAAGAGUUUUUCCUACACCAUUAGAGGUGGAUAGAAUAUCUGCCAGUAAUCUUGGAGUUCAAGAUUUCAUUGAACACUUUCUGCAUCAGAGGAAGCCAGUGAUUCUUUUAGAUGUGGUGAAAGAUAUGACCACAUCAUCCUGGAAUUUAGACUUUGUUAAAUCAGUCGCAGGAUCAGUGAAGGCUGCAGUGAAAUGUGCUGUACCCCUGUCUGUAGAGUGGGCGAAACUUGAGCAGUCUCGAGAAAUCACAGUUGGAGAGUUCAUUGACCAGGUCAAGGGGGGUCAGACCAGUGACUAUUUAUUUGACUGGAGUCUGCCUAUACAUUGUCCCCAGCUAGCAAAAGAUAUAGCUUUACCUAAGUAUUUCUCUGGUAACUAUCUGCAGAAAACAUUGCCAGGCUCAUUAUAUCAUGACAGCUGGCCAAGCUUGUUCAUUGCACCAAAAGGAACAGUCAGCAGUCUUCACAUUGAUGCGUUUGCUUCACACUUUUGGAUGGCCUUGUUCCAGGGAGAGAAGAGAUGGACGUUUUUUGAGGCUGAUGACACACCAUUGCUCUACCCACAAUAUUUUCAUUCUAUGGACCCAGUAUUCAGUGUAGACUUGUCCUCUCCUGACGCUGAGCAGUGGCCCUUGCUGGCUCUUACAAAGCCAAGACAGUGUGUACUUCAGCCAGGUGAGCUUCUGUUUGUUCCUGCAGGAAGUCCUCAUUAUGUAGAGAAUCUGUCCAAUUCGGUGGCUGUUUCUGCCAAUCAUGUGGACCAGUCCAAUUUAAAACAGGUCUGUGAAGAAUUGAGAAUCAAUGCCUUGAUGGAUCCUAGGGCAGCAGAUUUACUACAGCAGCUUGAGCAUCCACCGUUUUUGCAGACUUGUGAAGGAAACAGCUUGGAGCGCGAUCAAAUUGAAAUUGAAAAUGGCCUUGGUCAUCGCCAUUGA